AUGGCUAUCUUCAUUGCAAUUCUUGCUUUCUUCUUUGUGUUCUGUUUUUUCUCUGCUCUUCUCAAAUGGAAUCAAGUUAGAUACAGAACAAAAGGUUUGCCUCAAGGAACAAUGGGGUGGCCUGUUUUUGGAGAAACUACUGAGUUUCUUAAACAAGGUCCUAACUUUAUGAUAAAUCAAAGGUCAAGGUAUGGAAAUAUUUUCAAAUCACAUAUAUUAGGGUGUCCUACAAUUGUAUCAAUGGAUCCAGAGCUAAAUAGAUACAUAUUGAUGAAUGAAGCAAAAGGGUUUGUUCCAGGAUACCCUCAAUCCAUGUUAGAUAUCUUAGGAAAAUGUAACAUUGCAGCUGUUCAUGGCUCCACUCACAAGUACAUGAGAGGGACAUUGCUUUCAAUCAUUAGCCCCACCUUGAUUAGAAAUCAGCUUUUACCUAAAAUUGAUCAAUUCAUGAGAACUCACUUGAGUCAUUGGGAAAACAAAGUUAUCAACAUUCAAGACAAAACUAAACAGAUGGCAUUUCUCUCAUCCUUGAAGCAGAUUGCUGGUAUGGAAACAAGCUCAAUUUCUCAGCCUUUCAUGACAGAGUUCUUUAAGCUUGUUUUAGGAACUCUCUCCCUCCCUCUUAACCUUCCGGGCACAAACUAUCGCCACGGAUUACAGGCAAGGAAAAGUAUAAUUAGCAUUUUGAGUAAGGUACUAAAGGAAAGGAGAGAAUCAAAAGAGAAGUAUGAAGACAUGCUUAGUUGUUUGAUGAGAGGAAAUAAUGAUAAUAGAAGCAAACUUAAUGAUGAGGAACUUAUUGAUCUAAUCAUUACAAUUAUGUAUUCUGGUUAUGAAACUAUUUCAACCACUUCAAUGAUGGCUGUAAAGUACCUUCAUGAUCAUCCUAAAGUUCUUGAAGAAAUGAGAAAGGAACACUUUGCUAUUAGAGAAAGGAAAAAGCCAGAAGAUCCUAUUGAUUGUAAUGAUCUCAAGUCAAUGAGGUUCACUCGCGCGGUGAUUUUUGAGACCUCGAGGUUAGCUACAAUAGUUAAUGGAGUUCUGAGAAAAACAACUCAUGACAUGGAAUUAAAUGGCUAUUUGGUACCUAAAGGAUGGAGGAUAUAUGUAUAUACUAGAGAGAUAAACUAUGACCCUUUUCUAUAUCAUGAUCCACUAACAUUUAACCCUUGGAGAUGGCUGGGUAAUAGUCUAGAGUCACAAAGUCACUUCUUGAUAUUUGGAGGAGGCACUAGACAAUGUCCCGGAAAAGAAUUGGGGAUAGCCGAAAUUUCAACUUUUUUACACUAUUUUGUAACUAGAUACAGAUGGGAAGAAGUAGGCGGAGAUAAACUAAUGAAAUUUCCUAGAGUUGUGGCACCAAAUGGAUUACACAUAAGAGUCUCAUCUUAUUAA